AUGGCGGCUCUCAACAGGCUGUCGCAGCGCAUCAAGGAGAACUUUCAAGAGUCCACACGAGACUUUGCCAUCCCGGGCGGCUCUGCAUCCACAGCGACGUACUUUGAUACGAGCGAUGACAAGAUCAAGGAGAUCUCCAAGCUCUUGGAGAGCAGGCACGACAAGGAGCGUCUGGAGGGGAUGAAGCGGAUCAUCGCCGGGAUCUCCAAGGGGAGGGACAUGGAGCCGUUCUUCGCCCAAGUUGUGAAGAAUGUGGUGGCGCCGAGUAUAGAGAUCAGGAAGCUGGUCUACAUCUACCUGCUGAGAUUUGCCUCGACCAACUCGGACCUGCUCUUGCUGAGUAUCAACACCUUUCAGAAGGACCUCUCGGACCAGUCGCCCCUCAUACGGUCCAUGUCGCUGAGGGUGUUGACCUCCAUACGAGUGCCAGUUAUCCAAGGGAUCGUCAUGCUCGGUCUCAAGAAGCUCGUCAACGAUAGGAAUCCCUGGGUCCGCAAGACCGUCGCGGGGGGCUUGGCCAAGGUGUACGAGGUCGACAACUCCCAGCUGUCAUCGCUUAUACCCCUACUCCAAACGCUACUCUCGUCGCAAUCGCCCUUGACGCUUGGCGCGACCCUCACUGCGUUUGUCGAGAUCUGCCCGGACCGCUUGGACCUGCUCCACCCUUACUAUCGCCAUAUCUGCCGCUUACUCGUCGACGCGGACGAGUGGGGACAGGCCGUCGCGGUAGAAGUCCUUACACGGUACUGCAGGGCCAUGCUCGAGAAGCCCGAACCACUCACUACGAACGCGGACAGCGACGACGAGCUGGAGGGAGUAGAUAUCGACUUGGCCAUGUUUCUCGACUGCGCCAAGCCGCUCUUUCAGUCCAGGAACCCCGCGGUCGUCCUCGCGAUGGCCAAGGCGUACUAUCACCUCGCACCGGCAGGACACAAGCUGGUCGGUCAGGAACAACUCGUCGCGCCGGUGCUGCGGCUCGCGAAUGGCAAGGCGGAAGUGAUGGGGUUGGCGUGGGAGGUCAUCGCGGUGAUGUCGGAGGAGCGUCCUUGGCUGUUCCGACCCCGCUUCACUAGCACCUUCCUUCAUGCGGCCGACUCGACCUACGUCAAUCUCGUCAAGCUCAGAGCUAUGUCUGCACUCCAUUACAUCCGGUUCCCAGAUACCGCUGUCGCCGAAGAAGCGGUCCGCGCUAUUGGCGCUCUUGUCCGCUCGCAGCCGGUUGUCGCUUCUACCGGACUCGCCACUCUGAUGCGUUGGCUCAGGAGCAAUCGAGGUGAGGUUCAGCCGGGACUAGCUGAUAUAGAUAAUCUCGUCGGACAAUCUGUCAUCAGUCUCAAGUCGAUCAUCCUCACUCUACCCGCGUCUGCUACGCCAUCCCCCCGAGCUCUGGUCGCGCGUCUCGCCAAACAAUUACCGACCGUCACUAACCAUAAUGCUCGAGCUAGCGUCUUUUGGCUGGUCGGCCAGUAUGCGUCGUCGGACUCACCCAAUGAGCACGGGCUGGGCUGGGAAGGGGUUCAGGCCUGGGUACCGGAUGUGCUCAGGCAGGCUGUAAAGGGCUUUGCAGAAGAGUCGAGCAUCGCCAAGCUCCAAAUCCUCACGCUCUCCACCAAAGUCGCCGCUCUUGCUCCUGCCUCCUCCCAACUCACCCUGCUCACGCAGUACCUCUUCAAUCUCGCCCGAUACGACGCGUCAUACGAUGUGCGCGACCGAGGGCGGCUCCUAUCGUCCCUGCUUCGUGGCGUGGUAUCAGAGGCGGAUACAGAGGAGGACCAAGGCGGGGUGGUACUAAGGAGGGAGCAGGUCAAGGCGGUACUUCUGGGGCAGAGGCCGGUGGCGGAAAAGCAAUCUGUGGAUGCGGAGCUGGAGGCGGGGAGCAUGUCGAGAGUGUUGAGGAGAAGGAUGGUGGGGUAUGAGGGACUACCAGAAUGGACGAAUGAUCCGACCGACUCGAAUUUGAGGGAUUCCGAGGUUGAACACCAGAAGCCACCAGCACCAACAUCGAUGGGCUCGCAUAUUCCCCCUCCUGCGAUCCCAGUCCACCUGUCAUCUUCCGUCACCUCCAUCGCGCGGUCACCCAGCACUAGUAACGCCUCUCCGGUCGGGUCCGCUCCUAUCGUCAAGAGCAAGUUCCAAGACUUGGACGCAUUCUUGGAUAGCGAGACAGAGGAUGAGACGGAGAGCGAGGAAGAGUGA